CUUGCACCUUCUCAAUCCAACCAUAUUCUCUUGCGCCCUCCUUUUGCGAUGCCUGUAGCACCAUCAGCCUCGACGGUCCUCGUCACCGGCGCCUCCGGUUACAUCGCCGUGCACGUCGUUCACCAAGCGCUCAAGGCUGGCUUCAAUGUCGUCGGAACUGUUCGCUCCGAAGAAAAGGGCAGGUACCUCGAGCAGCUCUUCGCCAAGCAGUACCCGGGCAAGUUCAGACAUGCCAUUGUCGCUGACAUCGAGCAGCCGGGAGGAUUUGACGAGGCGGUCAAGGGUGUGCAGGCCGUCCUCCACACCGCAUCGCCAUUCCACUUCAAUUCCGAGGGCAAGGCGCUCGACGCUCUCGUAAACCCCGCGGUCAACGGCACCAAGUCCGUUCUCAAGAGCAUCAAAGACCAUGGCACCGAGGUCAAGCGUGUCGUCCUCACGUCAUCGUUCGCCGCCAUCCUUGACCCGUCCAACAAGACGCCGAAGGAGUACACCGAAAAGGACUGGAACGAGUCCAGCCCGGCUAACAGCGCAAAAGAGGGCAACAGCCAGAACCCAAUGGACGCGUACCGCGCCUCCAAGUCCAUGGCAGAGCGCGCUGCAUGGGACUUCGUCGAGCAGGAGCAACCACAAUGGGACCUCGCAACCAUCAACCCGCCCUUUGUCCUCGGGCCCGUCCUCCACCAAGUCAACUCGCCAGACUCCCUCAACACGUCAGUCGCCAGCAUCUGGAAGCUCAUUCAAGGUACUGGCAAGACCGAGCAAGACCUUCCCGGGCCGGCAGGCUGCGUCGUUGACGUACGCGAUGUGGCUGCGGCUCACAUCAAGGCACUUCAGGUCGCCGAUGCGGGUGGGGAGCGCUUCGCCCCAACCAUUGGCCAGUGGACUUGGCAGAAUGUCGUCGACAUCGUGCAUGACGCGAGCUGGAUCCCCGGAGAGUACAAGGACAAGGUGCCCAAGGGAAAGCGUGGCAACUACGACGUCAAGCAGAAUGAUUUGUCCGGUGCCAAGACGGAAAAGGUUCUCGGCGUCGAGUAUCACUCGCUCAAGAGUACCAUUGAGACCACCGUCGGAUCGCUCCUCGAGUACCAGGCGCGCGACUGGCAAGGCGCCCCCGCUCUCCCCGCCGUCGACAUCGACCUUCCUCCCUGGAUCCCUCCCAAGCAGACUAGCGAGUCCGGCCUCGAGUGGGCGCCCCUACACACCCUCGACCUGAGCCGCGUCACGAUAGAAGGCGACCACACGCACGUACCUGAGGAUGUGGUGCGCGAUGUAGGCCAGGCAUUUAACACGAUCGGCUUCAUUUAUGCCGUGGACCACGGACUGACCUAUGGCGAGCUGCUCAGGCAAUUUGCGAUUGGACAGUACCUCCUCAACAACGUGUCAGACGAGGACAAGGAGAAAUUCCGCGCGAGAAUUCGCGAAGACGGCUCCUUUGUCGGAUACAAGCAGCAGGGCAAGUGGCAGCUUGAUGGUGUGCUUGACCGCGUAGAGCAGUGCAACUUCGGCUCCAAGUCCUUCCAACCGUCGAUCGCGUCCAAGACCUUCCCGCCCUCCGUCCAACCCUUCAUUCCCGAGAUCUUGGCCUUUGCCCGCUUCAAUCACGCAGUCAUUUACCGCAAGCUCCUCGCCGUCUUUUCGCGCAUUCUCGAUCUCGACUCCGAGUUCCUCUGGAACCUCUCGCAGAACCCCGAGGAGCGUGGCCUCGACCUCCUGAGGUACGCGCUGUACCACAAGCCGAGCCAGGCGGAUGACGAUAAGCUCGGCGGCGUGCGUCUGAACAGCCACACGGACUUUGACUCCGUCUCGAUCCUCUGGAGUCAGCCCAUCACCUCGUUGGAGGUCCUCAUGCCAGACAACCAAUGGCGACUCGUAAAGCAUCGCCCCAACGCUCUAGUUAUCAAUGCGGGCGACGCGCUCGCUUUCGUCUCGGGCGAAUACAUCAAAGCGACAAUUCACCGCGUUGUCAAGCCUCCGCAGGACCAGGCUUCCUACCCACGUCUCGGCGCAUUCUACUUUGCCUUCUUCAACGAGGACACCCCGCUCUCUCCUCUCACGCAGUCCCCCGUCGUGCAGAAGGCUCUCGCGGGACGACAGGGCAAGCCGUUCUGGCCUGCCGAGGUGCCAACUUCGGGCAAGUGGGAGCAAUUGCGCGUUAAAGCGUACGGUGCUGGCGGGGAGAAGAAGGGAGAGGACGGACACACGCACGAGGAGUUGGCGGGGAGGAAGGUGACGUACCAUCAGGGUCAGACUGUUCAGGCGAGGAGGCAGGCGCAGGUUGCCUAGUGCGCGAGGCGUGCGAUCACACCAUUUCGUCCUUGAAUAGAAUACUUUGUGCUUGAGCGA